AUGCCUAAAGGAUAUCUCAGCCUCGGGCCGUCCCCCGGGAAGACGCGACCUCCCAUCGCCACCAGGUCCUCGGUAGCCUCUACGGGGGUCCCGACUGUCAUGGCCAAGGAAAACGACGUCAUCGCCAUCAUCAUCAUCGUGCUCUUCAUCGUGCUGGCCCUCAUCGCCUUCGGCAUCUACCGCCUCGUGCACCUCGCCCGCACCCAGGCCUCCAUCUCCGAGUCCAGCUCGGGGUCCAGCGGCAUCGCGGACUAG